AUGCAGAGAAGCCCUUUGACACUCAGUGGAAGUGCCAUGUACAGACACAUCAUGGCGUGUCUGAGGGUUCGGCGCAGUGCAGCUGUGCCCCCUAUUGCAGUCACCACCGUGCAUGUUUGGUUCACUUCACGACGCUGGUGCGCAGGCUUUCCUCAGGGUUCAGAAGCGUCUGCCAAACUACUGGAGCUAAUGGACGCCUUUUCAGAGGCGCGUGAACUUAUUGAGGAAGCAAGGGAGAGCGCUGGUACGGUUUAUGCCGCGGAGGACAUGCAGGAGGCUAAAGAGCAAACUGAGAAAACAUUGGCUCUGUGGAGAGAGCUUCAGGCACACUUGGAAAGUUCGGGUAAUUUGGAUGGGCUGAAUCGUCUAAGAAGAGAACAUGAUCUUAAGAUGUCGCAACUUUGUGCAGAAUUAGAGGAUGCAGCAAACACUGUGAGCCAUGACUGA